CUGAGAACAGAUUCAUACAGAAAUACCAGGGUGGGAACUACCGGUCUGAUCUUAUCUCUUCUUUUCACAAGCCGAAAGAAAAUGAAACCUCAGACAUUUUUCUCUGUAUUUCUCUUCUUGGGUUUCGCCUCUGCAGGUAUUCUGCAAAAUCCAGAUUUCGAAUCUCCACCGACAAAUUUACCAGAAAACUCCACAGACCCAUUUUUCUUGCUCAACGAGAACACUACUCUUCCCGGAUGGACAUUUCAAGGCACAGUUCAGUAUGUAAAAGCUUCUAAAUCCACACCAUUACCCGGCAAUGGCCACGCCGUCCAGCUGGGUCAAGACGGCAAGAUCAACCAGACUUUCAUUGCCAAUGGCGAUAACCUGAACUACAUUCUCACCUUCACACUCACCUAUGGCGGUCAGGACUGCUUGGUUGAUGCUGGGUUGGUGGUUUCAGCACCAGACAGCCAUGGGGUCUUCGCCUUUAAGCAGAAUUAUGGCAAGGAGAAAUGGCAGAGCUUUGCUCAUUACUUGGGAAUUUGGGGAGAAGACCAACCAAUUAACAUAGUGUUUGAAAGUCAAGCUGUUGAAUCAGAUGUUAACUCUACAUGUUGGCCAAUUGUUGACUCUCUGCUAAUCAAAACCUUUGGAACUUUGGUUCAAGGCCAUGAUAACUUGCUGGCUAAUGGUGGAUUUGAAGAUGGCCCUCAUUUCUUGAGCAACUCCUCUGAUGGAAUUCUACUUGAGCCAGCACCAAGUCCUAUUCAAUCUCCAUUAAGCCAAUUCUCUAUAAUCGGAACGGUUAAAUAUAUUGACUCGAAGCACUUCUCUGUCCCACAGGGCAAUGCUGCCAUAGAGAUUGUGUCUGUUUCUUCCGGAAUACAAACAGCGACGAAGGUGAUUGAGGGUUCUACUUAUAGCUUGACAUUUACACUUGGUGAUGCAAAUGAUGGAUGCAAGGGAGAUUUCAUCAUUGGAGUUCAAGCAGGAUCAGUAGCUCAGAAUAUUACACUGCAUAGUGCUGGGACUGGCUCAAGCAAGAAGUUUAGCUUGACAUUCAAAGCUGAUUCAGGGGCAACUCCAAUCACUUUUCUUAGCCUUACCAGUCAUCAGAACAGAGAUGGCAUAUUCUGUGGUCCUGUUGUUGAUGAUGUUGUUUUGAGUGAUUCUUCGGGAUCAAAAUCAUCAGAAGUUAAGUGGAUAUUUCUCAUUUUUUUGUUGUUAGCAAUUUUGUGAUCGAGUGUUCGUUGAGUGUGGUUUAGCUGCAUAUUUGUUCAUGGUACCUGGUUGAUUGUCAGAGUUUCUUGUUCCGAGAAGAAGAGAAAAUUGUGAAAACAUCAGCAUUUUGUUCAUUUCCGAUUAUAUUGAGUGGAAGAACAAUAUAUCAAUCUAAUAGCAUUUUAAUAAA